AUGACCUCUCAAGGCAUGACGCGCAAGCGACCUGCCCCAGGCACGACUCCCGCCAUACAUCCGCAAUUAGGUGCAGUCCCGACAUAUUCGUCUGCGAACCCGGGCUCACAGUUGUCCAACGAUCAAUUCCUUCAGUGGGGGCAGAACCCCGCUGUAAAUGCCGCAAACGCUGUGAAUGCCUCCUCCUACACCGAAAACCCUGCCUACAACCAAGGAAACCUGAACGCCCAGGAUAUCCCCGUUCCAUCAACCACCAACCACAACCAACUCGCUCGGCGCCAGCAGGCGAAUCAACUUGUUAGUCGAAACCGUGGGUACGAGCAAGCGCCCGUGGCCUAUCCCGAUCAUAAUGGGAGUGGAAAUCCUGGAGAGUCGGGCGCAUGGGGCGAAAGCCUCGAAGAACUGUAUUCCCGCGCGCAGGCCGCAAAGAGAGAAUCGCAAGCGAAGCGAAAACAGAUCCCACCAUUCGUUCAGAAACUCAGCAGCUUCCUUGAUGAAUCUAAGAACACCGAAUUGAUUCGAUGGUCCGACGAUGGCAAUUCUUUCAUUGUAUUAGAUGAGGAUGAAUUUGCGAGGACAUUGAUCCCAGAACUAUUCAAACAUAACAACUACGCAUCAUUUGUCCGACAGUUGAAUAUGUAUGGGUUCCACAAGAAAGUUGGUCUUUCCGAUAACUCGAUGCGCGCCAGCGAGCGAAAAAACAAAAGCCCCAGUGAAUACGCCAACCCCUACUUCAAGCGCGGUCACCCGGACUUGCUUUGGUUGAUACAGAAACCGAAAAACACACCAGGCCACGCUAGCAAGGGAAGCAAAGGUGGAACACGGGUGAAAACAGAGGAUGUGGAUGAAAAUGAAAUGGACGAUUUUGGGGAUGAUGGUCCACCUGCAGCUCGUGAAAGCCGACCAAGACCUCAGCAGCUUUCUCUCCUUACAGAAACCCCGAUGCCAUCAGACCAAUUAUCUGGAGUGUAUCGAGAAUUGCAAGCGAUUCGCCAGCAGCAACAGAUCAUUUCAAGUACCAUAACCAGGUUGCGGAAGGAGCAUGAACAGCUCUAUGCACAGGCCGCAAACUUCCAGGAACAACACACGCGUCACGAGAACUCAAUCAACGCCAUACUCACUUUCCUCGCAACUGUGUAUAACCGCAGUCUGCAAGGGGACAGUGGGAAUCAAAAUAUCGCAAAUUCAUUUGCAGGAGCUAUUUCUGGUGAUCAGGGAAACAUUGUCGAUGUGGAUGACUUUUCCUUGGGUUCUUUGGCUGGGCUGACUAGCCCAACUGGCCAGAGGACAAUGAAGAAGCAGCCUUUGCUUUUGAAAGCCCCCCCUGCCGUCGAUGAAAAUAAUCGUGCCUCCACAAUUUCCCCUGCAGCAACUGGAUCCUACGAUGCAAGGUCCCGUACUCAUGGUCGUCAGCCAAGUGCUGGAAAGUCCGGUCAUGUGGAAGAGGUCUUCGACAACAGCCCAAGGCAGAAUAAAGCUGAACAUCCGGUCCAACCCACUGACGCAAAUUCUCCCCCGCAGGACAUCAUGUCCGUCAUCCAAAACUCCAAUGCACGAAAUGGCAUUCCCACGAAUUUCUCAGACUUUCCCAAUGUUUUGUCUUCUCUCGAAACCUCUGGUGGAAAUGUACCUCUUACAGCUAAUCAGCGUGCUGAUAUGCUUCGUCUCAUGGCCAGUGAAACCAAUACGGCAGACCCCACUGCUCAAGGCUCUUCCAACAACGCUCUCAUGACCCCAACUCCACCACCAAUGCCCCCGAACUACUCAGGCCGCCUUGCCAACACUCGUCAAGAGAUUGAUAAUUUAGUCAAGAUGCAAGCCGAGCAGGAUCGUUCCGUCCAAAAUCUUACAAACCUACUUCAGCCUUUGAGCCCAACUGGUGCCAUCCCAGGAUUGGGACCAGAUGGAAAUGGAAACGCUCCACCCCCACCACUCGAUCUUGAUACGAUAUUCAACAACGACUACUUUACUGAUAUUGGAGACACCGACCACGACAAGAAGCACCUUAAUCUUGACCAUACUGGUCAAUCAUCCGAGUUGGGUGGAAACCCUCACGAGCAUUUGGGUACCGGCCAAGGUGACGACGCAGACAACAACGAUCUGUUUGACUUUGGUCACAUCCCAGGUGAUGGUGAUCUUUUUGACGGAUCGGGCCAUGGGCAAGACCAUUACAGCUACGGCUUUGACGGUACUGGUUACGGUGGUGAUGCCGGAUCUGUUAACAUGGAUUCGGGUCGAGUUGUCGAGCAGUUGACCGAUAGCGAAGCUACCAGUCCUGCAACCGCUGCAGAGACCCCCGUUGAAUCUGCCGAAAUGCCAGGCAGUGCGAAGCGACGUCGGAGGGUUUGA